AUGGAUGCAUUUGAUGCUGAUAUGGCACUUUCAGGUGUGAAGCGCUGCAGCGAGAGUAGCGGAAGCGAGCACUCGCCAGAGAGCUUGCCAGAAUUGUCUGAUCUCGUGUUGUCUUUUAUGGAAGACAGCGAGAGAUCAGGAGGAGGAGGAGGAGGAGGAGGAGGAAAAGAAAAAAUUGUUCGUGAUGAGACCGGUGAUGAGGAAGAUCUUGAGAAAAUUGAAAUGUUGAAGAACUUUCUUGAUGGAAAUGAAGAUGUUGAAGAGGAUGAAAGGGAUGAUAAAGAAAGGAUUAGGAGAGAAGUUGAGGUUGCAAUUGGAGGACUUGUUGGAAGUGAUACUUCAUUUCCUGGAUUCAAACGUUGGUUGAUGUCUCAAUUAAGGGAGAAAGGUUUUGAUGCUGGACUAUGCAAAACCAAGUGGGAGAAAAAAGGAAAAUUAACAGCAGGUGAUUAUGAGUACAUUGAUGUAAAUCUUUCCGGAAAACGUUACAUAGUUGAAGUUUCUUUAGCUUCUGAAUUCGAAAUAGCUCGUCCAACAAAUCAAUAUUCUUCUUUACUAGAGAGUUUUCCACAGAUUUAUGUUGGUAAAGUGGAAGAUUUCAAACGAAUUGUGAGAUUGAUGAGCUCUGCAAUUAAAGGAUCAAUGAAGAGAAUGGAUCUACAUGUAGCACCAUGGAGGAGAAAUUUGUACAUGCAAACCAAGUGGUUUGGUUCUUACAAAAGAACAACUAAUGCAGUUGGAACAAGAAAAGAGUUGUCACAUUUUUCAGCUGAAACUUUUUUUCCUUAAAAGUUGAUGGGAUUUGAAGCAAGACAUGUGAAAGUAUAUAAUUGUAGAGAUGAUUAUGUGAGGAUUAAUAAUGAGUUUAGAGUUGGACACUUGACUGCAGCGUUAAAUUCUGAUAAUUUUGGAUUGUGAUUAUAGAUAUGUUUGUUCUAUUUUGUAUAGAAGUGCUUUUUUUGUGGGUUGAAGAGUACUAUUAAGUGAUUUUGUCAUGUGCUUUGCAAAGAGAAGGACAUAAAUUGUGCUAGAGAAUAAAUUUCUCUCAUGUAUAGGUAUUAUUUAUUUUUUUUUGAAUUUUGGGUAGAUAUACCAAGCAAUUGAGGUUCUUAUUUUUAGUAAUUUUUUGUUUGUAUAAGAUAAAUUUUGUGUAAACCAUUAUAUAGCUCAUGAUUGG